CUCUUGAACUCGUGUCGAUUCAUAGCUCCUCCUCCCCAAUCUAUCGACCCCUUCUCUCUUCUCUCUCCUCUCUCUAGCUCGUUAGGGUUUCUGCAUCUAUCUCUACAAAAAUGUCGGCCGCUUUGGACAUGGCCCUCGACGACAUCAUCAAGACCAACAAGCAGUCCGGAUCCGGCGCCAGGGGCCGUAACCGAGCCUCCGGUACCGGACCUGGACCCGCUCGCCGCUUCCCCAACCGCGCCGCCAACCGUACGGCUCCUUAUGCACCCCCUAAGGCGCCGGAGACGACAUGGCAGCACGAUUUGUAUAUGGAAGAGAAUUUGGGGCGGGCCUCUGCUAUAGAGACCGGGACCAAACUAUACAUAUCCAAUCUUGAUUAUGGUGUUUCGAAUGAAGACAUUAAGGAACUGUUUGCUGAAGUUGGUGACCUCAAACGUUAUUCAAUCCAUUAUGACAGGAGUGGGAGAUCAAAGGGAACAGCCGAAGUAGUCUUCUCCAGACGAGCAGAUGCUGUUGCUGCUGUCAAGAGAUACAACAAUGUGCAGCUUGACGGGAAACCAAUGAAGUUAGAGAUCGUGGGAACAAAUAUUGCCACACCUGGAGCACCUCCAGCAACUAAUGGCACUUUUGCAAUUCCAAAUGCGAUGCCAAGAGGUGGGCAAGGUAGGGCUGGUGCAGCACUUGGACGGCCACGUGGUGGCGGAGGUGGCCGUGGUUUUGGAAGGGGUCGUGGACGUGGACGGGGAAGAGGCCGUGAUGAAAAGUUAUCUCAAGAAGAUCUUGAUGCUGAUUUGGAGAAGUAUCAUGAGGAAGCAAAGCAGAAUAAUUGAAGGCGUUUGUCAUGUUUUAUUGAUUGGUUUUUACACUCUGUGGAAAUACUUAUCAAAACAAGAACAGUCUUCUGUGGAAAUUUCUGUUUGGUGAUGCAACCUCUUCUAUUUUGUUUGUCUACCAAAAUCCUGCUUAGAGAAAAGAGGAAAAACUACCCGUAGAGAGAACUGUUAGAAUCUUUGUUCUAAGGAGUGUGGGCAUUUAAUGUCAGUUGUUCCCUUGACUUUAAUAUAAAUUAUUUGGGUUGACUGACAGCUGUCAGUAUGUAAUCUGAACUGAUACUUUUGGUUUGUUAGCAUAUUUAGUCCCUUCCUUCUCUUCAUUCAACAAA